CCUGUGCUGCCGUUGGCAAUCGCCUGGACUGUGGCCUCGCCUUGGACCCCGAUAUGGUGGUCGCGGGAAGGGGUCCGGGCACUAGCCCUGAACUUUCCCCGGGGCCCUGCCCCUACGCAGAGCGUCGCUUCCCUGGUGACGUGACGCUCUUUCGCGGCGCACUUGUUCCCGGGCGGGUAGAUGCGCGGCCGCCAUUUUGCGAGCGUUAAGUCACCUGAGGUCUGGCAACUUUAGAGUGUUGUGGAACUCAAACCGUUCUGGGUCCCGCGACAUCCGUGCUCUGUCACCAACAACGACGGUAAUAAAUGUUUUUAAGUGCUACGUCAUACAUCCUGUUCGACAUGGAAGUUUUGGAACUGUAUAUACGUCCAUUUCCUCGCCCCAUUUUUACAUUUUUUUCCACAAGUGGAUUUGCGGUGGCCUUUUUAUAUAUAAGGAACCAGAAUGCUCAUAAUUGAAACAUUAUGCAAAAGUAUCUGUUUGUUAAUAUAAUAAGGAAACGUUCCCCGAGUCAAAAACAAAACAAAACACCUCGGCGGAUUUACUAGUGGCACUCAUUUCAGGGCCAGGAAAAUCUACCAGGUUGCCACAAAGUCCCCAGUUUUGCUGGAGUUAUAAAGUUAUCCAAGUGGCCCGCGUCCACCGCCUCCAUUUCCUACGAUUUUUUAUUUCUCCCCUUUGUUCUGGGCACCUUCCAGAUAGGGGGUUGGAAGCCCGCGGGGCGGCCCUUGAGAGCUUUAAAUUGGUCUCAACUGAUUUAGAGGCUCGUGUAAGGAACGUUGAAGCCAGUUUGUUUGGUACCAGGGCACCUGUCUUUCUCCAGGGGACUGAUACCCUCGCCAUUCUGUAUACUUGGGCUCCUGAGUGACAGGAGGAGGAAGGGUUUUUUGUUGUUUUUUUUUUCUUCCAAAUUGUUGAUUGUUUUUCAGGCUUUCUUAGACGUGAUGGCGUAGUUUUUCAUUUUUAAAUUUUGCUAAUUGAGAUGUGCACUGGAGCUACAGAAACAGAAGAGGAAUACAGAAAUCAUUCUGGGGAACUAAGGAAGGCUGUGGUCUGGUUUUAAAGACAAGUAGAAGUUAGCUGGAUGAAGAUGUGGGAGAGAGGUAUUUCAGAUUGCACUGUUCUUAGUAGAAGAGACACUUCCCCCUCUCCAAAGAGUAUUAAUAAGAAGACAACAGUUUUCCAUAUCUAUAGUAUUGGUCAUGAUGGCUAAAGUCAAAAGCGUCACAGUGGAAUCUGUUAUUAAGGAUAUGCAGCUUAUGAAAGACUCUAAGGCUUUUAUAUCACACCAGAAAAGGUUUCCUGAACUCUAGCAAGUGGAGCCACAAACAAAUAUUGAUAGAGUAUCAACUAUAUACCAGGUGUUCUGAACACUGGAAUUUGUGCACUGAACAAGCAAAGAAGUGGGUGCCCUCAUGAAGUCACCUUUGUUUCUCUAUACUGGAACCUAGAGAGAAUCAUUGGAGGAAGGAAAUGGAGUGGAGCGGAGAGAAAAACAGGAGGAGGGGUGCAGCAGAUGUCGCUAGUGCCAUGGAUCGUACCUUUUCAACUGCAUCAAAAGAUGGAGAAGGAGCGUGCUACACAUCUCUGAUUUCUGACAUCUGUUACCCUCCUCGGGAGGAUUCUACAUAUUUCACUGGAAUCCUUCAGAAAGAAAAUGGCCACCUUGCCACAUCAGAGAGUGCUGAGGAGUUGAGUACCCCCAGACCCUCCUUACCAGACGUGCCUGGAACGGAGCCUCAUGGCUUACUUAGUUCUGAUUCUGGAAUAGAGAUGACUCCUGCAGAGUCCACCGAAGUAAACAAGAUCUUAGCUGAUCCCCUGGACCAGAUGAAAGCAGAAACCUAUAAGUACAUUGACAUAACCAGGUCAGAGGAGGUGAAAUGUCAGGAGCAACGCCACUCCAAGGUGGAGGAGAAGGACUUGGACAUAAAGACUAAAAACUCUGAAAUCUCAACAAAACCAGAAGAGGUCUGUGAGCCUGAGAAACCAGCUCCUGUGGAGGGAAAAAUCCUCAAGGACCACUUGUUUGAAGAGUCAACAUUUGCACCCUACAUAGAUGACCUGUCUGAAGAGCAACACAGCGCGUCUGUGAUCACCGCCCCUGUCAAAAUCACGCUGACUGAAAUUGAACCUGCUGUUGAAACUGCUGCCCAAGAGCAGACCCCGGUGAAGCAAGAUAUCUGUCUGAAACCAAGUCCUGACACAGUCCCCACCGUCACCGUCUCAGAGCCUGAAGAUGACAGUCCAGGAUCUGUCACUCCUCCAUCUUCUGGAACAGAACCAUCUGCUGCAGAAUCCCAGGGGAAAUGCAGCAUCUCGGAGGAUGAGCUGAUCACUGCCAUUAAAGAAGCAAAGGGGUUAUCCUAUGAAACCAGCGAGAGCCCACGGCCAGCGGGCCAGGCAGCGGAUCGGCCCGAAGCCAAGGGUAGGUCAGGGCUGCCGACCAUCCCUAGCCCCCUGGACCACGAGGCCAGCAGUGCAGAGUCAGGGGACUCGGAGAUCGAACUGGUGUCCGAAGACCCCCUGGCCGGUGAGGACGGGCUGCCCGCCGGCUAUGUGACCUUUGGCCACGUGGGAGGCCCGCCGCCCUCGCCUGCAUCCCCGAACAUCCAGUACAGCAUCCUGAGGGAGGAGCGCGAGGCCGAGCUGGACAGCGAGCUCAUCAUAGAGUCGUGUGACGCCUCCUCGGCCUCAGAGGAGAGCCCCAAGCGGGAGCAGGACUCGCCCCCAAUGAAGCCUGGCGCCCUCGACGCCAUCCGGAGGAGCCGAGCCGGGCGCGCACGGGCCGAGGAGGGUGCGCCCAGCCGGGGAGGCCUGGCCGAGCAGGGCUCCUUUCUAAAGUUCCCCCUCGCUGCCUCUCAAGCCGGUCCUGAGCUGCCCUCGGGAGAAGGCGCCCGGGCGCCGGAGGAGGCUGCGGCACAGCGGAAACCCGCGGAAGCCCUGAGUUCCAACCAAAGCCCAGCGGCCACGAAGGGCCCAGGGCCUCGGGAUCCUGGAGCACCCCUUCUGCUGUUUCUCAAUAAGCAAAAAGCUAUUGACCUGCUGUACUGGCGGGACAUCAAGCAGACCGGCAUAGUGUUUGGGAGCUGCCUGCUGCUGCUCUUCUCCCUGACUCAGUUCAGCGUGGUGAGCGUCGUGGCCUACCUGGCCCUGGCCGCGCUCUCGGCCACCAUCAGCUUCCGCAUCUACAAGUCUGUGUUACAAGCCGUGCAGAAAACCGACGAGGGCCACCCUUUCAAGACCUACUUGGAGCUUGAGAUCACCCUCUCCCAGGAGCAGAUUCAGAAGUACACAGACUGCCUGCAGUUCUACGUCAACAACACACUUAAAGAACUGAGGAGGCUCUUCCUCGUCCAGGACCUGGUGGAUUCCUUAAAAUUUGCAGUCCUGAUGUGGCUCCUGACCUACGUUGGCGCUCUCUUCAAUGGCCUGACCCUGCUGCUCAUGGCUGUGGUUUCAAUGUUUACUCUACCUGUAGUGUAUGUUAAGCACCAGGCACAGAUUGACCAAUAUCUGGGACUUGUGAGGACUCACAUAAACGCUAUUGUGGCAAAGAUCCAGGCUAAAAUCCCAGGCGCUAAGAGACACGCCGAGUAAGCUGACAUCCCACCGGGGACUGGACACAAACAGGAAUGUCUGCCGUAGUAACAGCUCUGUUCUUACAUGUUACUGCAAAUUGAUUGUUUCUCUCUCUCCCCCCACCCCCCAUACCAUAAUCUUAGAGACAAACUUUAAAACAGCUGUUUUUAGGCUGUUCCUGUACUCUUAGGAUAUUUGAGUCAUUUGUGUCAAGCACUAAAAUAUAGAGAAAAGUGUAUUAGAUGUGGUUUUUAAUUUUGUGUUGCUAAAAAAAAAAAAAAGUGCAUGAUGGUGAGAGCCCACGGCCCUUCCCUCCCCCACAGUGUUCUCCUCCUCUGCGAUGCUCUGUAGCUUCUCUUGUUCCUGUGGCUACGCCUUCCCCGCCAAGUGCACCGAUGCAGUAGUGGAAGUCGCUUCUAUGUCCUCGGGUUGCUGGUCGGAUUAACCUUUACUAACAACAUAUAGAAUCGUAGACUGAUGUUUUAGUGUUUUUCCAACACACACACACACACACACACACACACACAACGUAAAAAUAAAAAGUCGACUGUACUUAUGGUAAUCAGUUUUGUAUAACUUAAAUCAAUGAAUAAACCCCAAACAAACAUGCAGUACUUUUGUUGUGUGGGACCGAUGGACUGAUUUACAUGUAUGGUAACUAAAAAGUACCAGCAUGUCAACUUUAUUACAAUUUGUAUUACUUCCUCUGUAGUUCCUAAUGGACUUAAUUAUGGACUCUGGAUAUUUGCACUUAUGUACUUGAUACUGAAUGCAUAAAUAAA